CUUACGCACGUUCACCUCCGUCCGGGAGCGUCUCCCGCAGGUCAUGGCUUCGGCCGCCAAGAAGAGGAAGAUGAAUUUCUCGGAGCGGGAGGUGGAGAUCAUCGUGGAGGAGAUAGAGAAGCAGAAGCAGACCCUGGUGAGCCACUUCAACGCGGGAGUCACGCACAUGGCCAAGAACAACGCCUGGGUGGACAUCCUGAAGAAGGUGAACGCCGUCACCACCUGCCCGCGCGAGCUGCCCGAGGUCAAGAAGAAGUGGUCCGACAUGAAGACCGAGGUCCGCCGGAAGGUGGCCCAGGCCCGGGCCGCCAUCGAGGGCACGGCCGCGGACUGCGCUCCGGUCCCGGUCAUCCUCACCGCCAUGCAGCAGCGGAUCUGCAACCUGCUGGGGGAGGCGACCAUCAUCAGCCUGCCGGCCGGGGACCCGGAGGCGGAGCUCAGCCUGCCGGCGGCGGCGGCGGCGGCGGCGGGGAGCCUGGCGGAGGCUGCUCCAGGACCAGCAGGGGGCGUCGGUGAGGAGCCCAAACCGCUGACCGCUGAAACCACGUACCACGCCCUGGAGGACGGCGGCGUGGUGGAGUACUGCACCGCCGCCGUCGUCGUAGGAGACUCCGCCCCCGCCGUGAUGGCCGCCGCGGAAACGCCGGUGGAGAUGCUGACGCCGUCGCUCGCCUCGCCGGCGCCGCAGGCCAAGCCGCAGGAGCUGAAGAGCCGCAUCGCCCUGAACUCGGCGCGCCUGCUGCAGGAGCAGCGCGUCACCAACGUCCACAUCCGCCAGAUCGCGCAGCACCUGGAGGGGCAGAACGAGCUGCUGCAGGUGAUGCGGCGCAGCCAGGAGGCGCAGGCGCUGGCGCAGGAGCGGCAGGCGCAGGCGCUGGAGGGGACGCAGGCCGCGCUGCUGGCGCUGGUCCAGAUGCUGCGCCCCGCGCUCAAGGACCUCAGGAAGUUCCUGCAGAGCGGCGCCGAGCCGGCGCCCCCGGCGACGGUGAACCAGGAAGUUGGGAUCCGGUUCUGA